UCACGCUUACAAACAUUUUUUGACAAAACUCAGAAAAGAGAGCACAGAACGUAACUAGUACCACACGAAAUGUCUUUCUUUUCUAUAAAAGAUUUCCUUUUUAUUCUCCUAAUAGCAUAUGUCCCCAUGUCCCCCCCCCUGAUUCCUUGAUACCUUGCUUACGCUGUUUCGUACUAAACCAACAGAAGAAUCCCCCGUCAGGAGAUCCGUAACCAUGGAGACGGGGAGACGCUACAAUACAGGAAACGCCCACGGAGCACAAUGUAAUGUCGCUAUUGCGUUUACUUACUCAUGCCAGCAGGCACGUUGUUUUUGUACUUCUCAAAACGAAGCAGAAGUGAAUAAAAGUACUUUUGGAUAUCAUCGGUAAACAGGAAUUCUUGGUAGCUGUUUUGCUCCAGUUUUAACGGAAGAUAGUUUUUAAGUAAUAGAAUGGACAUGUACGAGAAUAUUCUCACCAUUGGCAGGGGAGCAAGUGCAAUGGUCUUUCUGAUGAAGCAUGUCGAAUCAAAGAGGCUGUACGCAGUUAAGAGAAUACAGAUCGAUAACCGCCGCAAAACGAGAACCAGAGAGGCUGUGCUGCAAGAAGCUGAAAUACUUCGGAAGCUCCGGUAUCCCCAUAUCGUUACCUGCGCUGAUCACUUCUUCAGUUCACAGGAUGAAUACAUUCACAUCGUUAUGGAUUAUUGUGAUGGGGGGACCUUAGAUGACCAGAUCAAGAAAAGGAAGGACAAAGAACAUUUUACAGAAGACUGUGUCAUGGGAUGGUUCGUGCAGCUCACCAUGGCUGUAAAUUAUAUACACACUGUAAAAAUCCUUCACAGGGACAUCAAAACCACCAAUGUGUUUUUGACAAAGAAGAACAUAGUAAAACUGGGAGAUUUUGGAAUUUCAAAAAUAAUGAGCAACACAUCUGACAUGGCCAAUACGUGCAUUGGAACUCCAAGCUACCUGAGCCCGGAACUUUGUCAGGAUCUCCCCUACAGUUCCAGGUCAGAUAUUUGGGCCCUUGGGUGCCUCCUUUUCGAGAUAUGCGCCCUCAAACCACCCUUUGAUGCAAAGAACCUACUUAGUUUGUUUUACAAGAUUGUUAAAGGGGAAUACAGCAAAGUACCCGAAGUGUACUCUGAAAAUCUGGUAUCUCUGAUUAAAUGUAUGCUCUGCAUAGAUCCAGCUGAAAGACCUAGUUCCAGUUGCAUACUGAACAUGAAUUAUGUACAAGAGCACCUUGGAUUCUUUAUAAAAGAGCAGGAGACGCAUCUGGGAAAGUACAGCCCUUAUUCAAAGCAUGGACCCAAAGACGAUGGUGCUAGAGAUGGACCAGCGGGGGAUCGCUGGGACAGGACUGUAGCCUUGUCCAAGCAAUUGAAGAAGAACUACUACAGCAGAGCGAAAUCGGCCCCACCAGCCAUGCUUGAGAAUGGGAAGCUGGAGGACAGGGAGGGGGUGGAAACCUUAGCUGAUGGGGAGAGAGAGGAGGUGCUCAGCGUUGGGGAUCAUUCCAGCUACACUGACGACUUUGACGAUGAAGGUAGCAUGUGCUCCAUUGAAGAGAACAUUCUGGAGGAGGACAUGGGCCUUGUAAAUGUACCCAGUGACCAGGUCUCAGAAGAGCGAGAUGCCAGACAGGAUGAGGAGGACCUAAGCGAAUAUCCCGAUGACUUUGAAGUGGCAGAAGCAGGUGAUGUGGCAGAAGUGGUCAGCAGUGCGAGGAGCGCCAUGGAAGUGAAGGUCCGAGAUGAUGUGUUUGAGGAAGAGCUGCAGUACAAUGCUGGUGCCAGUUUGUCCGCCACUAUAAAAAGUCUCAAGGAGAAGUAUGUCGAGGAUGUUGGACCUGGACUCUAUGAAGAAAUCAGUUCUCACUUCAUAAAUGGACUCAAACCAGAUGACCUACAGCCACAUUUUGAGCACAGGCUAGGACCAGACCACCUGGAAACGUGUUAUAUUAUCUACAAUAUCGACCAAGGAACAACAUGAAGUAACAUCUCUACUGGUGGGAGUCAACAGAUUUUUUAGUUGUUGUUUUGGUUUUCCUUUCCACUGACGAAACUCUGAAUUCCUGUGUUUUCUUUCCCAUAGUGAAUCUGUUGCAAAGGCUAAUUGUUGAGAUUUCAGAUUAUUAUCAUUAAAACGGUGUCACACAUUCUUAUUUCUGAAGAAUCAGCGAAGCUUGCUGGGUAGGUGCAACAGGAGACGGUAAGACUUGCUGGGGGCAGGAUCACGUGAUUGGAGGACUGGGGUGUCACGAUCGCGGUCGAGCAAAGCGGCGAUCGUGCGGGCAGGCGUGCGAAGAACAGGCAAACGAGUCCAAAUCGGGGCAAUACUCGGGGUUUAAUAGGGGAAUCGGGUCUUGGGAACACUGACAGGUACGAUCCACACCAUAAGCACAAUGACGGACGACGGGAACAGGUAAGACCAGGACUUAAAUAGGACGUUACUAAUCAAAAUAAGCGGACACAGAUGGAGACGAUCAGGGAAGCACACGUGGGUAAUCAGGGGGCGUGGCACACACGAGGAGCGGACGAGCCGGGCAUGACAUGGGGGAGGAAUAGGAACUUUAUUUGUGGAUGUGUUAAAAAAAAAACAGCUGAAAAGCCAGUUCAAGGUUAACAUGAGGAAAUAUGCAAAACAGGCAUUGGGUUUGGAAAGGACUGCAAAGUAGCAUGUAUGUCAGGCUCAGCGUUUGCCUUCUGGGUAAAAUUAAAUGCAAUGGAAACUUUUAAAUGA